UUUAGGCACUGUUUGUUCACUGUCCUUCCUUGAUACUGCCAAGAAAAGGAUUCAUUCGUGCUAGGUGUAGUCUUCUGCCUUAUUUAAGGAAGGAGAACCAGCAAAUUAUCACGCUGAGCCGAACUUCAUUAAGCCUGAAACCCAAAUUUACCACUCAAAAUGGAGAGGGCUGACUGAACUAACCCCAUCCCUUGCACCCAAAAGACAUCCAGCCAUGUGUAAUAUGGCCCUUUUCACCACUUAUGCCCUGGACAACCCACUGAUGAAGCUGUGUCUCUGGAGUACAUCGCCAUCCUUCAGAUGAAAGAGAAACUGAGCAUUUUUCUAGGAUGUCUGCUUUUGAUCAAUUUAAUCCAGAGUUUUAUCAAUCAAAUUAUGAUAUUAAUGGCCAAGAAAACACAUCUAAUGACUACGGAGGCAGCAAUAGUCAAGCAUCAAGGGGUGAAUUUGGGGAUGGUCAUCCACAGCCCAAAAUAUUUGUUCCUUCAGCAAUGUCACAGACUUCACAACUGUAUGCUGGACAGAUCUUUCAGCCAUCUGAAACCUACAAUCAAUUUGGCCAAUCUUCUGCAAUAUUUGGAGGCACUGAUGAUGAGCCACCACUUCUAGAGGAGAUUGGGAUCAAUUUUGAUCACAUCUGGCAAAAAACAUUAACAGUUUUGAAUCCGAUGAAACCAGCAGAUGGCAGCAUUAUGAAUGAGACUGAUCUGGCAGGACCAGUAGUCUUCUGUUUGGCAUUUGGAGCCACCUUAUUGCUGGCCGGUAAAGUACAUUUUGGCUAUGUUUAUGGAAUCAGUGUCUUUGGGUGUCUGGCAAUUCACACACUGCUGAACUUGAUGAGUGUCACAGGAGUUUCAUAUGGCUGUGUCGCUAGUGUCCUGGGAUAUUGUCUCCUUCCAAUGAUCAUUCUUGCUGGCAUUGCCGUUCUCUUUUCACUCCAGGGAGUACUUGGAGUUCUGCUUACUUUGAUUGUCAUUGGAUGGUGCAGUCUGUCAGCCUCAAAGAUGUUCACUUCGACUUUGGCAAUGGAAGGACAACAACUUCUUGUCGCUUAUCCUUGUGCUUUUCUAUAUGGGAUCUUUACACUUCUGACGAUUUUUUAAGUGUUUGCUUUCAAAAUAAAAUGGGUACCUCAAAUGUAUUUUAAUUGGACCUUACAAUUUUCUUAAUGUGAUUUGGGAUUCAGCAAACAAUAAAAGAAUGGCCACAUGUGAUAACUGCUAUAGAUGCUGUUUUAUUUUGUACUGACUGUAUAAACUGACAUCCAUCACCAAAGACUUCCACUUCACAAUACUAAGAAAUCUGCAGAGUUCUUGUUUGCCUGUUAUAUAGUGAGUAGCUUCUAUUAAUAAAAUCUCUCUUCACUCUCCUGAAUCCAAGCAAUUUAGGCAUAGUUUGACAUAAGCUUUCUCAUGAAAUGAGUAUAGUGGCCUACUGCAUUCUAAUUAAAGUUAC